AGCACCUUAAUGUUUACCCCUGUGACAACGGUGUACAGUUGACACGACUUGCGAUCUGAAACCAACUACUAUAGUGGCGGAGCCCGGACAGUCGCACUCAAGCUUGGCGAUGGCAGCAGCAGACCAAAGCAGCAAGAAACCGAGUGGCGCAGACGAAUCAUUGCGCUUGUUUCUCUCACGAACCCAAGCAUGGGAGGAUCCAUCUGCCGGGUACACGUUUGACGGCGAGCGCGGCACAGCGCGGACGGUGAUCUGCCGGGAACAUUCGAAUCAGCCGAAGACCCGUCAACAUACUGGUGAUAUUAGUACGGGUGAACAGGGAAGAGGCCGGCAAAAGGAUUGUAUCGACCUCGACAUGUACUCCACACAGCUGUUCGCAGCAAUGCAGAAUUAUGGGUUUUACUGUGCCCUCCCUUCGGAUCCUUCGCGGACACACAUGGUCUGUAGAAAGUUACCAAAGAUGUAACCAUGGUGGUAUAGCUAGCUUUUCCACCACAGCCAGCCAAUGCAUACGCUGGGGCAUCCAAACAAGGACUUCCUUUAUGCAAUGAGCACAUACAUUUGAACAAAGCGGGGCGGCCAGUAGUCCGUAACGCUCAAGAAUUCUUUCGCCCAAACCGAUGCUGUAAUUCUCACACGCUAACCAUCCUGUUAGCCUUCAUGCCAUUGUAAAUGUUGAACCUCCCUGAGUCGUCCCUGU